AGCAGGCUGCGGAUGCACGCGCCAUCAUCGAUUCAGGUGGGGCCGCCAUCGGAGAGCUUUGCAGAGUGGAAGGUCGCCAUUCCGCUUCUUUCGCCGCUCGAUAUCGUCUCUUUUCCUUUGAUCGGAGAUAUGAGGCCGCCGGACUCGACAUCGGAGGUAGGGGAAACGCCGAUGGUGGUGGCGGCGGGUGGAUAUGUGAAUCGGGAGUGGCGGCAUCCGGCGGAGCCGUUCUAUUACGAAUCUGCCCCGGCGAACGCUCCGACCUUCGCGCUUUCUCGAUGUUCUUAAGGGUUUCUGAUAUAAUCUGGCUCUUCAAGUUGGGGGUAAGCUGUUUUGUAGUUAAUUGAUAAAUAGCAAGAAAGUAAGCAAUUACAUUCUUGUAAAUUUGCGAAUAAUUUUGGUUUUUUUAUUGAUAUUUAUUGUAAUCUGUACCAAUUAGGAUUAAUGUUACAAUCAUAUUUUGAUUAUGAGAGGAUGAGAUCUA